GGCUGUGAUCAUGCCCAGGACUUCCCAUGAGUUCAUAUUUCAAGUAUUGUUCUGUGAAAGGUCAUGAGGAAACCAGAUAAGGCACUUGGGGAAAGAUCAGGAGACACUGUGAGGGUGACCUCUAUAGGGGUUCUGAUCCAUUGUCAUCCAGCCUGGGGGUCUCUUUCUGAGAGCACAUAUCUGUCUGUUUCCUCCCUUAAACACCUGCUUGCAAAAGAACCUGAAGCUUCCUUCUGCCCCCAUACCCCACUCCUUGAUAAGAUCCUAAUGAUGCCACAGCACAGGGAUGCUUCCUUCUGAGAAACUGGGGCUGCCUCCUUCAUGAUAGCAGCUGAGGAUUUCCUUUUACCAGAUUUUCAAGGAAUCAUAAGCAGAGGAACAAACACCAUCAACCAAAGAAUAAGAUUCCAGAAAAAAAACAGAAGGAAAAUGAGCAGUAAGGAGAAAAAUGGUGGGAAAGCUGGACUGACAGGACAAGACCUUGGUUUGUGUUGAGGCAGCAUGGUGGCCAGAACUCUACUCAUGGACAGUGUAAGAGAAGGGCUACUUCUUCCAAAUGAGGAUCCGGGUCAGUGACUCCCAGGGUGGUUACCUAUCCUCUGCUUGAAAAACUGCAAUGACUGGGAGCUCCCUCCUCCGCAAGCAUAUUUUGGCCUAUUUUGUAACUUUGAACCAGCAACACAAAAAAAGACUGAAGCUUGGGACAGUGCCUCCUUACCUCAAGGACAUUCCCAGCAAAAUGAUUCCUCCAGCCAAUCUUACCAUGAUUAAUGAGUUCCUGUUACUGGGCUUCUCUUACCUCCAGGAAAAGCAGCUUGUGCUUUUCCCACUGUUCCUCUGCCUUUAUCUGCUUAUUCUGUGUGGGAAUAUCACCACAGUGACUGCUAUCCUCCUGGAACAUAGACUCCACACCCCAAUGUACUACUUCUUAAGUGUCCUUUCUGUCUCUGAGACCUUCUAUACCAUUGUCAUCCUGCCUAAGAUGCUCCUCAACCUUCUUUCUGUGCUCAGAACUAUCUCCUUCACCAAUUGUGCUGUCCAGAUGUUCUUCUUCCUUGGUUUUGCUAUCAACAACUGUCUGCUGCUUGGGGUGAUGGGUUAUGAUCGCUAUGCUGCUAUCUGCCACCCUCUGCGCUACCCAAUCCUCAUGAGCUGGCGGAUGUGUGGACAGCUGUCAAUCACUUGCUGUAUUUUAGGUUUCGUGAUCUCACUAAUAAUGGUUAACUUGGUCUUUAGUCUCCCUUUUUGUAAUUCCAACAAAGUCAAUCACUACUUCUGUGACAUUUCACCUGUCAUUCGUCUUGCCUGUACAGACUCAGACACUCAUGAAUUUAUCAUCUUCAUCCUUGGAGCCCAUGUGCUUGUGGCCCCCUUUUUCUUCAUUUGCAUUUCCUACCUCUCUAUCUUGAGAACCAUCCUGAAAAUCCCCUCAACUGAGGGGAAGAAAAAGGCCUUCUCUACCUGUGCUUCUCAUAUCACUGUGGUAAUCAUUCACUAUGGCUGUGCCUCCUUUAUCUACCUGAGACCCACAGCCAGCUAUAUCUCCAAUAAGGACCGCCUGGUCACAGUGACAUACACCAUCAUCACACCUCUGUUGAAUCCCAUGGUAUACAGCCUCAGGAAUAAAGAUGUACAACUGGCCAUCAGGAAAGUAUUGAGCAGGAAAUUUUGCAUGAAAUGA